CUCUCUCUCUAAAAAAAUGAGUAAACAGGAGAUGAUGAAGCUUCAGACCUGUGUUCUCAAGGUUAAUAUUGACUGUGAUGGAUGCAAGCAUAAGAUAAAGAAAUUGCUGCAGAAAAUCGAUGGUGUGUACACAACAAGUAUAGAUGCAGAGCAUAGCAAGGUGACUGUGACAGGGAAUGUUGAUCCAUACACAAUCAUCAAGAAACUUGAAAAAAAGGGGAAACAUGCAGAACUCUGGGGAGGUUCAAAGGGUUCAAAUUUCAAUCAAGCCCAGCUCAACAACCAGUUCAAGAACAUGGCUAUGCCGGUCCAGAACGCGAAAGGCGGUGGCCACCAGCAACAUCCACAAAAGGGCGGAGGAGGCCAUCAGCAACAACCCCAAAAGGGCGGAGGAGGUCACCAGCAGCAACACCAACAGAUGAAAGGGGGUAAUGGUAAUGUUAUGAAGGCGCCUCAGAAGGACCAGAAGUCUGUGAAGUUCAAUCUGCCGGCGGAAGGGGAGGAAUUUGACGGUAGCGAUUUCGAUGAGUAUGACGAUGAAUUUGAUGAUGAUGAAUUCGAUGAUGAUGCCGAUGAUGGGUGGUAAUAAUGGCCAUGGACC